AUUUCCAGUCAGAGCACAGCCCUCUGUCACAUGGCCCACCUCUGGCUUUUACCCAGGAUAUAGGACUGGGACAGAAGGACGAGCACAACUGGACGCAGAGGAAGAUAACACCGAGCUUCAUCUAUAACAAGACAAAAAAAACAAAACAAAAAAACCGUGGCGUGAGUCCUUUUCUUUGCCCUGGAGAAUGACUUUACACAAUGUGUGUGUUGUUUUUGUAGCGCUAUGAAGUAAAACUCCGCCAUAUUCAGCCCACCACGCCCGGAGCUCAGCUAACAGGGGUGAAGUGUUGUCCAGGAGUAAUGACUCUGAGCUCUGUGGGGGCUUGCUGCCUCAGCCCAGAGACCAAAGAGGCUCGCAGGAUCAACGAUGAGAUUGAGAGGCAGCUCCGCAGGGACAAGAGGGACUCCCGACGGGAAUACAAGCUCCUUUUGCUCGGAACUGGUGAAAGUGGGAAAAGCACUUUCAUCAAGCAGAUGAGGAUCAUCCAUGGCCGCGGAUACUCGGACGAGGACAAAAGAGGCUUCACCAGGCUGGUCUUCCAGAACAUCUUCACAGCCAUGCAGGCCAUGAUCCAGGCCAUGAACACAUUACAGAUCCCCUACAAGUAUGAACACAACAAGACUAAUGCCAGUAUUGUCAGUGGGGUUGAUGUGGAGAAGGUCAUAACAUUAACAAACCCUUACGUGGACGCCAUCAAGAGCCUGUGGAGUGAUCCAGGGAUUCAGGAAUGUUACAAUCGGAAGAGGGAAUACCAGCUCUCAGACUCAACCAAAUACUAUCUGAAUGACUUCGACCGAAUUGCUGAUACUGCUUAUCUGCCAACCCAGCAGGAUGUCCUGAGGGUCAGGGUGCCCACAACGGGUAUUAUAGAGUACCCGUUUGACCUGGAGAAUGUGGUGUUCAGGAUGGUGGAUGUGGGUGGCCAGCGUUCGGAGAGGAGGAAGUGGAUACACUGUUUCGAGAAAGUCACUUCCAUCAUGUUCCUAGUGGCGCUCAGCGAGUAUGAUCAGGUCCUUGUUGAGUCCGUCAAUGAGAAUCGCAUGGAGGAAAGCAUGGCCUUGUUCCAGACAAUCAUAAACUACAAGUGGUUCAAAAAGUCCUCAGUCAUCUUGUUCCUCAACAAAAUAGAUUUACUGGAGGAGAAAAUCAUGUACUCGCAUUUGGUUGACUACUUCCCUGAAUAUGAUGGUCCCCAGCGGGAUGUCAGAGCAGGAAGAAAAUUCAUCUUAGAUAUGUUUGUCAGUCUUAAUCCAAACGAGAAAAAAAUCAUCUACUCCCACUUCACCUGUGCCACAGACACAGACAACAUUCGAUUUGUCUUCCACGCGGUGAAGGACCACAUCUUGCAGAUCAACCUGGAAGUCUACAACUUGGUUUAAAACGGGAGUGUUGCUGCUGUAAUUCAAUCUGCUUUGUACAGCAGGAGAGCUCUGCAGUGAUUCAGUUUGCCUCACACUGCUGCUGAACACUAUAAUCCAAAACAGGAAAUUGAGAAGCUACAGAGCUUGUUGGCAAAUGACUGAACUACUGAUUUAUUUCAAAUUUUCCUGUUAGACGCUUUGAAAAUGGAUGUCUCCAGCUAUAAUGAAGUGUGUCCUGACAAUUAAAGUGCUGCCUUAGUGAGGAGUCUGUUAAAGUAUGCACUCUGAAAUGUAUGGAGGUCUUUGUAAACGUUUUAGAGCAGUAACAGUAUAAAUGCACAUGGAUGGAUUGAGAGGGGGAAAAGUAUUUCAGUGGCCUCAAAAUCCUCUGAGGACUUGUAUAAUAUACUAGGUCUCUCCUUCAGGGAAUCUGUGGAAGUGAAUGUAGGCUAACUGCAAUGCAGCACCUCGCAUCACUAACCCAAAUUGAUCAUAGUUUAUUUUUUUAAGUUAAAAACUAUUUGAAAUACUCUAAAUGCCUAGUUUGUGUUUUGACUUAAAGGGAAACAAGUCAUAAUUAACACUAAUGACACAUACUUACAUUACAGAUAUUGAUUUGCACACUGAACAUUUUGUAACAUUGAUUUUUGUGCUGAUAUUCUGUAUGUCUGUACCUCACUUAUUUGGGAAUGAUCAUUUCCACAACUGUGUUUCAAGUUUUACUAGACUUUUUACACUUUGCAUUUGUCUGUGAGGGCAUUGUUAAACCACUUUUUGUGAGCACAGCAUCAAUAUAUUUUUAUGUAAUUUAACACAUUUUAAAGGGAAUCCUCCUGUCACUCUACUAGAUUCUGCUACAUUAGCAUUUUUUUCUCUAUUUUUAAGUCUAUUUUGUCAAAGCUGUAGAAUCAAGUGUUCAGGGACAAUUUGAUUGGAUUUUUAAGUAGUUUUCUUUCCUAAAAAUAAUUUGCUAAAAUGGCUUCAAUGGCUGCCCUUACUUAUUUAUCUGAACGCAUAUUGUAAAUAUAACAUGGUACGUACAGUAAGUUUUUUUUCACCUGUUUACAUCAAGGUCAGUGUUAAAAGGCUAACUGCUGAAGAGAGAACUGUUAAAUAAUCUCUGAGGCACUAGUGUAUUCUUGAUCUUAAUUCAUAUGCUGUUCGAGGAUAUCAAACGCAUGAAUAAAAAGCUAAUGAGAGAGUAUCCACAGCACUAAUGUUUACACAACCCUUGUUAAAAAUAAUUACAGCCUAAUUUGAACAGUUUAAUUUAUGGUUAGAUUUCACUGUCACUGCGAUGUCUUAAUGCAGUCUUAAUGUUUUGAAUGUGAUUGGAUAAAUAAACAGACAUUUUGCUGUUCA